GACAUAUAGAAGAAAGAAGACAGUCGUUCCAAAAUUUUGAUGAGUCGUGAAACAUCUUGCAGGGCAACAUAUACCCCCAUCGAGCCAAACCCCUUUCAGAUUACUUCGAAACCCAAGUGCAUAAUUGGCGUCCAGUCAGCAUCAGUGGGCCAGUGGCGUGGGCGUCUGCCAAAGUAUCACUUAUUGCGCAUGUUAUUCGUUUUAUUCGUUGACAAAACACUUCUCGAAAAUGCCCUCUACUGCAAGCCAACUAGAACGAAGUCUGAGAAGACUUCAGGUGGGUGCCUUGUCGACCUUCAUUUAUCUGACGUGUACUAUCACUUAUCUUGUCCAAAGAUCUCUGACUCACAAGAAAUGCCUACCGCGGUGCAAUGGGUGCCCUCUAAAUACAGCUCAGACGUAUCUCAGUACGUUCUCGUGAGGCCUCCCCGGGCUCCAUGCGGCAAUCGUCAGCUAUUUGGUUUCCCUAUUAUCAAGAAGGAACUUUGGCACCUGGGUACCAUUGCUUUCCAUCAUAUUCAGCCAGACGAAACUUUACCAGACAACGACUUCUUCCUCGCCGCGAAUUCACUUACCUUCAUCGAGCUAUCUCUCCGUCUUCGCGUUUGCACUAUGGCAUGUGGAAAGGUGGUUGGAGACUCGAAGACCAUCCCUUCGGAGUGUGUGUCGUCAGGAGAGGUGCUGGUGUUGGUAUUGUGGAGGGAUACAGAACCAGAGGCAACCUGUCCCACGCCAAGUCAAGUGCAUUCCCUGGAGGACAAGCUUAAGCGCUCACCGGGAUGGUGGGUGGAAGUCCCACAAUUUUGAUGAAUAUUCCGCCGUCGUUCCAUGGCUGGCUGUGUUACAUACCCCAUUUGUAUCAAUUAAUUAUUUUCGGUAGAACCGAUCACUCUUGCACUUUAUCUGUGACUGUGAUACGUACACUCAACAUGAGACAAAGAACGCUACAUCGAUAUUGUGGACGAACAUGGAG